AUGGCCCAGCCUUUAAUCAGGAAAACUUUCUCCCGACUGAGGAGCAAGGAACGCCUGGGGAGUAAAAAGGCGGCGCCCGCGCCUCAGAACGAUCCAGUAGAUCCUCCAUUGGAGCUAUCAGAUGAUUUACAUCUACCUUCUGAGCCUAAGCCAGUGGAUACUGUUCUGUUGGAUGAUGGAUGCCAGAAAAGUGCUGCCAUCACUAUGUCACGGAAACAAAACUGGGCCAAAUUCACCUGGGGCAGUCAAGAGGACUUUCGUAACAGGAGGCUGUGCCAGAGCUUUUCCCCUGUGCCACAGGCCCCUGCAGACAUUGGCUCAGUGGCAAAUGGACCUAAUAAAGAUACUGACUUGCUAGCCAGCUACCCGGAGACAUGUAACCCCACCCUCAGUGCCAAAUAUAGCAACCAAGGUGCUUAUCUACAAACCCUGGAAAAAAGUAGCCGCCAAUGGGUGCUGUCCGCAGGGAAGACUCAGGGGGUAGAAGAGACAGCUUCCAUCUCUGCCACUAAGAUGAAAGAUUUCCACAAGCAUGGCAACUCCCAAGGAGAGAUCUGGUACAACCCAAUUCCAGAGGAUGAGGACCUGCAUCUCCCGUCCCUUGAAAGGAAGUGUGGUAGUGGUUGUGAAAAUAGGGACAAGAAGAGGAACCGAACAGAAGUUAAAGUACUGCAUGAAUGUAUAGAUAUUGGCAGCUCGCAAAAGGCAAUCACUAAUGUUGUGCAGAUUUCACCAAUCCAACUGAGGCAUAUUAAGCAAGUGGAGAUGCUGGGCCAUCACCAGUCUAAGACAUACGGAAAGGUGCCUGUUGCAACUGUGGAACCUGAAGAAAGUUCAGCCAGUGGCAUGCUGAUGGCCCAGAACACCAAUGCCAAUAAAAAGAGCCAUUCUUUCAGCAAGACCAAGUCCCCAGGCCCAGUACAAAGUCUUUCCAUGAAGAUGAAGAAACUGCCAGAGCUGAGGCGGAAACUAAGUCUGCGUAGCUCCCGUCCUCGAGGGCCAGAAGGGAGCUCUUCUGCUAAGGAGUCAGGGAAUGUCAUCAGCCGCUACCAUCUUGACAGUAGUGUGGUAUCUCAGCGACCUGUGACCAGCAAUGGGGGAUAUUUGAGUGACAGUGAAUCCCCAGAGCUGCUGUCUAAGGCGGAAGCAUGCCUUGGCCUUGAAGGGUCAUCAUUCUGGCUGUACAGUUUUGCUGAACAGCCUAGCUGUCUACAGCAUCUCUCUGGUCUUGUCAGCAUCCACCUGCUGGGGAUCCAGGGCUUCAAGCCUCCCAAAGCUGAAACCAAAGAGCUCUUCUGCAUUCUUCAAGUAGACUCUGUUAACAAGGCUCGCACAGCCCUCCUGCCUUGCCAGGCUGCUGUCCUCACUCUCAACCAUUCUUUCCAGCUGGAGCUUGAGGAUGCCCAACUUCUCAAAAUGGUGGUCUUCUCCUGUGAUCCUACUGUGGGCAAGAACCGAGUUUGCUGCCACGGUACCAUCAUUCUGCCCCAGGUUUUUCAAGGUUGUAGGACCCAGCAGUUGGCACUACAACUGGAGCCUCAGGGGCUUCUUUACAUCAAACUCACUCUGGUGGAUCAGUGGGAUCUAGCUAACUCUGAACAGGAACCACAAGUCUUUGGAGUGAAGCUGAAUCAGCUGGUGAAAAGAGAAGGUGCUGCCAUCAAGGUGCCACUCCUAAUUCAGAAAUGCAUAACCCAGAUUGAGAAACGAGGAUUGAAGGUGGUAGGCCUGUAUCGCUUAUGUGGCUCAGCAGCAGUGAAGAAGGAAUUACGUGAUGCCUUUGAGAGGGAUAGUGCUGCUGUUGUUCUUUCUGAAGAUCUUUAUCCAGACAUCAAUGUGAUUACAGGGAUCUUGAAGGACUAUUUGCGUGAGUUACCCACUCCUCUUAUCACUGACCCCCUCUAUCAGGUGGUACUGGAAGCUAUGUCCAAUCGGACAGUAGGGCUGGAAGUGAAGGAGACAACAACAGCUCUUCUGAAUUGCCUACCAGAGGCUGAGAAGGCCACUUUGAUAAUGCUGCUUGAUCACCUUAGUUUGGUUGCUGCUUUCCAUACCUUCAAUCGCAUGAAUGCCCAGAAUCUUGCUGUGUGCUUUGGGCCUGUGCUCCUGAGCCAAGGGGCAGGUGUGACCAUAGUCUCCAGAUCUGGCCAGCAGCAUUGUACCAUUGCCAGAACCAGAGAUUUUAAACAUCAUCUUGAAGUAUUACAUUACCUGUUACAGUCCUGGCCAGUGCCACAUAGGAAGAUGGAAGAUGGGGAAUGUACCUUUCCAAGCAAGGAGGCCUGUCACCAAUGCCACCCUCCUCUGGAUCUGCCACUGUCAAACACUACUGUCACUACUCGAAGUCACCCAAGAGGAUUGGAAAGUCCUCCAAGAAAUCGUUAUGCUGGAGACUGGAGUGUGUGUGGACAGCAGUUCCUGGGAGCCUCCAAGCCAGGCAGCGAAGCUGACUAUGAUGAGGUGGCAGAGAGUGAGAGUGACAGAGAAGAGGAGAAUGAGGGGGGGGCUUUGAGGAAAGGAUUGGCACUCCAUAGCCAAGCAGUCUACAUGGGUGAUUUUGCCCUGGUGGAGGAUCCAGAGACUCCCUUUAGCCCAAAGCUCAAUUUGAAAGACUUCGAUGCUCUCAUCUUGGACCUUGAGCGAGAACUCUCCAAGCAAAUCAAUGUCUGCCUAUGAAGCAUUCUCUCAGAACUUUAUAGCAUUGCAAGCUGAAGAUGCCUCAGCAAGUUAUUUUUUCUGACUUACAACCUAUGUCAGUAU